GGGGGAGGGGUUCUACACCGACUCUUCGUUGAACGCCCCCUAGUUGCAAUAGUUUAACCUGCGGGAAGACAUGGCUCUUGAGCGAGUAUUCCAAACAAACCUAACAUAGUUUUGGAAUCACAGGGCCUCAUAGACAUCGACGCCAGCCGAUAAACAUACCAGCUAUGGAUCUUCAGAACACGACGAACUACAUGAAUGUGACCGGCGAGGCAGGAGGCAUCCCGCCCGGGCCUCCGGCGUACGUUGAGCACCUCAAGAUCGCCAAUCAAGUGGUGAUCGCAGUAACUUUCUCCAUUGUUCUCUUCGCCAUGGGUGCUUCGAUCACGCCGCAGAAUUUUAAGAUAGUCCUUCGUCGCCCAGUCGGCAUCGCCGUCGGCUUCGUAUCGCAGUUUGCCGUGAUGCCCCUACUCGCUUACUGCUAUGCACUCGCUGUUAGCUUCGAGCAGACCAUCGCCCUUGGUUGUCUUAUCCUAGCCUGCUGCCCAGGGGGUAGCCUUUCUAAUCUCUACACUUUUUGGACCGAUGGGGACCUUUGUCUCAGUAUCACCAUGACAACCCUGUCCACCCUGGUAGCUAUAGGGAUGAUGCCCCUCAAUCUCCUCAUCUACUCUCGACGAUGGACCGAUCAGAACACCUCCAUGCCUUAUCUUGAUAUCUGUAUCUCCCUCAUCCUCGUCGUAGUCCCCGUUGUCUUAGGGAUGGUCCUUCGGUGGAAAAAGCCUAGAUGGGCACUCCUCAUUGCCAAGCCUUGCAGUUGGAUUGGAUUCAUCGGAGUGGUAUGCAGCAUUAUCUUCGUCAGCAUCAUGAACCCUCGUCUCUACAGCUCACAUUGGACCAUCUGGGUAGGGGCGCUCACCCUCUGCUGGUUCGGCUUCGCUCUUGGCUACCUUCUCGCUUUCAUCUGCCGUCAGACGCACUCACAGUGCCGCACCAUCAGCUUCGAGACAGGUAUCCAGAACGUCGGUCUCGCAUUCGCCAUCAUCGCCUUCUCGUUCGCCGGAAACCCAAAUAUGGUGCAGAUGAUGACGUUCCCGGCGCUGUUUGGACCUAUGAGUGUAGUGUCCGGGUUCAUAUAUACAGGAGCGUAUAAACUGCAUCAGAAGUUCCGCGGUUCAGACCAGGCUGAGAAGAAGCCGGAUGGAGGACCGGAAGAAGGAGUGGGUGACGGAAAGAAGAGCAAUGAAGGCACGAUGAAGACGACGGAAGCCGAAGGGAAGAAACUAGCAACGGCUUAGAAAACAAUAAUGACAUCAGUCACACCGCCAAACCGACUCUUAAAGGCAGGUUAUCCUACUGACCCUUCUUCAGAUUUACGUAUAUUUGCCAUCUACUGCCCACAAUGUCCGCAUGUUUCGACAGCCAUGUCCCACAAUGCAUUACCACCUGCAUGAUGCGCGGGUAGGGUACAUGAACCGGAAAUUGUUAAAUGUACGCCUUCACCAAAAGAUGGCGCGUUUUAAAAUACGGUACAGCAGUGGAAGCGAUGUCGGUGAAUUACCCUACCUUUAAGUUAAAAGUAUUCCGAAACUGAACGAUUGUUGUCUAUGGUGUAUGUUUGUUUGUUUGUUUGCUUGGUAUGUUGUUUGUCUGAUGUAAUUCUUGUCGGUGUGACUGGUUUAUAAAGAUGAUUAACAUAAUUUAUGUUUUGUUCGAAAGCAGCUGGAGAGGUGUAAUAAGUCUAUCCAUUUAAUUAUAAUGAAAUUCAUUUCCACAUGUUUAUUUCGGUCUCUUACCUGUAAAUAAUCAAUACGGUUGAAACGAGAAAUAAAUAAUAAAGUUAGAACUAGAACUAGAACUCCUUUGCACAUUACGUAAAUACUGCUUUACUAUUUAACUACAUGUAUUUUGGCUACAACAGGUUUUAUCACAAAUAGCAGAAUCAUUUUGUGCCAAUGUCCCACAUUAAAUACAGACAUAGUCCCUCUCCCCAAUAUACACGUACAUCGUCUGCCACCACCCCUCCCCCUAAUUGGGGGCAGUGCAAAUCUAACAAAAUAUAUUUUACACCUGCCUUAAUUUGCCUGUUAUUGCCUUAGUCAUAUUGGUUAUGAAUUUUGUUAUGAAUUGUGUUAUAUACUGUAUAUUAUACUUUGUGAGAAUGUCAAACCACAU